AACGUUUGGUCGGUGUAGUUCUCGAUUGUUAUUAAAACGGGUUGUUUCGUCGCGAGUUUAUAUUGUAAUUAAAUUUGUAAAAAAAUAUCAAAAUAAUGUCAACAAAAACAACAAAACCUGCGGCUGCUCCCAAACCCAAAACCAGGGCUGAACUGGUCAAAGGCGUUUGGGCCCAGAUUCAAAGUGUUUUGAAUACAAUUAAUCACACUUUGAUCCUCUUGGUAGCGGUGUUUGUGACGCUGCUGGCACGGAAUUUGGACUUCAAAGAUACGGCGAUGCACAUGUUCAUGACAGUCAUUGGGUGGCACUUUUUGGCAGCCGAGGCCCUGAUGUCCCAUUAUGCCCAUAACCCUGUGACCAGUAAACUAUCACAUCGCAACAAAUCCCGCUUUCAUGGCAUAUUACAAGUAAUUGGUGGUUCUAUGGCCCUCCUGGGAGCUUUGGGUAAAAUUCAAUCCACAGAAGUACAUUUUACCACAUGGCAUGGCAAGAUCGGUCUCGCUUCAACAUUUUUGUGCGCCGCCAGUCUCUUGGGUGGCACCGUCAACUUCUUCCAACCGAAAUUUGCCCACAAAAUCUAUUCACAGGCUGAGAUUAAAUAUCGUCACAAUUUGUUUGGCAUUAUUGGAUUUACUGUGGCCAUGGUCACCGUGAUAUUGGGCUACUAUACUCCAUUCUUUGUUAAAUAUGUUGAUAACAGUGCCAUUCCAGCAUUUGUCUUGGCUUCCGGAUUGGUGUUGCUCUUCACAUUGAUUGGACCCGUCACAUCGUUGUUGGACAAAUUGAAACACAAAAAGAAGAAGUAAAUUUGGAAAAAAAAAACAAGGCGGAAUAGUUUUAAAUGCAAUUAGAAAUUAAAGAGGCUUAAGAACAAUGGAACGUGAUUUUAAUAAAAAAGAAAAACAAUUUUAAAAUCUGAA